AUGGGGUUACACUCGGAAAGCGCAGUGUUUAAUCACAUACGAAUCACCUAUGUUUCCAUGCUCCGCAUGUCUCUGGUGAGUGUCUAUACUGUCAAGAACUACCCAAUAAUUUUACCAAUGUGUAUACCAGCCUGGUAUCAAGUUGGAAAUAUUUUCUUAAUGAAAUGCAACAUUAGUCUGAUCUCCCUGAAGGUUAAUAUUGUGAAAAGCUAUAUUUUAUCCUUUGUAAAAUACAGGAGCCUACAGUCUAUAAACUUGCUGAGAUUGGAGCCACCAGUGCCAUAUCAAACAAGGUAUCAGGGAACAGUUAUCGUUGAUGUAACAGAUAAACAGACAACAAUAGAGGGUCUCUACAAACCAUCAGAUCGAACUGAACUGCUUGUCAAGACUGAGCAUACUGAGUGUGGUGCUUGUCCUCUCUGUGCCCUUCAGCUGAACCUAAAACAUACUGAUGUUUUGGUUUUGUCUCAGUUCUUGCGCUCAGAUGGAUGCAUGCUGCCGAAGCGAAUCACUGGCUUAUGUAAUAGUCAACAGAAGAAAGUGACCCUGCUAGUUGCCAUGGCUCAAAAAGCAGGAUUGAUGCCCAACCUGGCCCCCUAUUGGAGUAAGAAGGAUCCCAAGAAACGGUUUGGAUCUAAGAAAUUCAACAGAUAUUUUGAUGAGGAGACAUUAAAUAUUAGAAUAUAAAAUAGUAUGAAUCUGUGUAUUUUUCAUCAUUCUGAUGUAAAAUUUACAUAUGUAAUUAUUCACUGAAAAAAUGUAUUCAUCAAAUGUAAAUAAAAUGACUGUUUGGAAAA